AUGGUUCUUUCAGGUGAAACCGAACUGCCUCUACAGAAAGAUGAGAAGGAUGCUCUGGAGUUGCAAGGACUGGUUGAGGCUCAACGGCACUUGAUGAUAGACCCAGAAAAGAGGCCGGCACAGUUCAAGACGUUUUUUCAGGAGCUACUUUGUUUAGGCACAUUGGUGUUUGCGCCGGCUGCUGCAUCCAUGUCUCAAACAGCAUACCAGAUUUCUCUUAACAAGGUGAGUGAGGAGUUCAACGUAACGGGAGGAUUGCUUACGUGGGCGGUUACUUCCAUUUCGCUUGCCAAUGGGUCAGUUCUGCUGUUUAUGGGAGGGUUGGCUGAUGGUAUAGGAAGAAAAAAUGCAAUCGUGAUAAGUUUCAUUGCAUAUGCAUUGUUUUCGCUUAUUGGUGGUUUCAUGCACAACUUUGUCGCUCUGUGUAUCAUGAGAGCUAUCCAGGGCAUGUUUGUAGCUGGUGCAGUUCCAGCCGGUGCUGCUGUUGUCGGAACCUCUUACAUGGCCGGAAAGAGGAAAAAUAAGGCUAUGGCUUGUUUUGCAGCAGGAGCUCCUAUUGGAGCCGUCUUGGGGUUUGUGGUUGGUGGUGUCUGUUGCCAGGUCUUGAGUUGGAGAGCAGUUCAGUUUUUCUACACAAUACUGUUUGGACUUCUGAGUAUUACGGCUUAUUUCAGUAUUCCUAACGACAAGGUUAUCACCAUGAAAGCCAUCAAGGAAACAUUCAAGGACCUUGAUUAUGGUGGAACUUUGCUCUCUGUUGCUGGAUUUGUGCUAAUAUGCUUUUCUUUGACCCAGGUUGAUGCUACCAAAAAGGAAUGGAAAACUCCUUACAUCAUUGCGCUGCUGAUUGUGGGAUUUUUCUUGAUCGUUGGUUUGGGAUUCUACGAGUACUAUGUACCCAAGAACCCACUCAUGCCUCCCCGACUUUGGAAGAAUGGUAAUUUUGUGUGCGUCAUAUCCAUCAUGUGUUUUUCGUGGAUGUCAUUUAACGGAUCCAUUACAUUUUACGCUAUUCUAUACUUCGAAGAGGUGUUGAAAUACUCUCCAUUGCACACAACAGCAUGUUUCUUGCCUUUACCCGUGGCAGGAAUCAUGGUGAACAUUUUUGCAGGUUUGACUCUCCAUAAGAUUCCAGGAAAAUUUUUGGUUAUAGUGGGUCAAAUCGGCUUUUUGAUUGCUGGCAUUCUCUGGGCAACCCAAUCGAUCCACAGGUUGUACUGGUCCGGUCCAUUUUUGUCAUUUAUCUGUUUGGUUAUUGGAGCAGAUCUAACGUAUAAUGUUGCCAAUCAAGUGACUCUGUCAGCUAUCCCCAAACAUAUGCAGGGAAAGGCUGCUGGUGUUUUCAACAUGUCCAUUCAGCUUGCAGCCUCUGUUGCUCUGGGUAUAACAUCAGCCAUCGUCAGUGCCAGAAACCCCUACUAUGGUACAUCAGAGGAAACCAAGCAUAUUCCAGAAUUGUUUGAUGGAUUUAAAAACGCAUACUAUUUCGCUAUUGGAUGUUCCUCAAUAUCGCUAUUGCUGGCUGUGUUCGUGCUGAAGGUGGGCACAACUGGAAACGCGAAGGAUCUGGAGAGGGAAAUAGAGGAGAACAGAGAAUUGGAAGAUAGGGAUACGACCAGAGAAGAGGUCAUACAGGAAGAAUCCAACAUAGGCAAAAAGGAAGAAACCCUUUAG